AUGAGCCUACUAAGCUACUCUCCUCCUGAUAAAGAAGGGGAGAUCUACUGGACGGAGAAAGAAGUGAAAGAGGAGGAGGAAGAGGAGGAUGUUACAAUACAAAAAGAAGUAGAGGGUGAGGCUGUUACCGUGAAAGAAGAAGAGAACGACGUUACAGAGAAAGACGCCUUCAGAGUGGAGGAGGAUGUUACUGUGAAAGAAGAUGAAGACGUUUUUGGAAUGAAGGAUGAAGAGGGGGAGAUUACUGUCACAUUAGAGGACGAGAAGAGAAGAGAGAGACGGGACUAUCGUGGAUCCUCUGGAGAGCCUCAACAACAUUAUGAUGCUGACGAGGCAAAGCAGAGUCUCUCCACAUCAGAACGCCUCAAGAAACACCAGCAGAGACCCACAGGAAAGAAAUCUCACUGCUGCUCUGACUGUGGGAAACGUUGCAAAGAUUCAUCAGAACUUAAAAUACAUCAGCGAGUACACACAGGGGAGAAGCCUCACCACUGUUCAGAUUAUGGGAAAAGCUUUUCAACAUCACAGACUUUGAAGCUGCACCAGAGAACACACACAGGAGAGAAACCUCAUACCUGUGAUCAAUGUGGGAAGUGUUUUACUCAGUCAAGCUGCCUGAAAUCACACCAGAAAAUACACACUGGAGAGAAACCUAGCUGUGCUCAAUGUGGGAAUUGUUUUGUUACAUCUAGCAACCUGAUAUCACACCAAAGAACACACACAGGAGAGAAAUCUUAUAGCUGUGAUCAAUGUAGGAAGAGUUUUGGUACAUCUCAAAAUUUGAUGAUACACCAGAGAACACACACAGGAGAGAAGCCUUAUAGCUGUGAUCAAUGUGGGAAGAGUUUUACUACAUCUAGCCAUCUGACUGUUCACCAGAGAAGACACACAGGAGAGAAACCUUGUAGCUGUGAUCAAUGUGGGAAGAGUUUUGUUUCAUCUGGCCCUCUUGAUAAACACCAGAGAACACACACAGGAAAUAAAUCUUAUAGCUGUGAUGAAUGUGGGAAGAGUUAUACUACAUCUAGCAAUCUGACGAUACACCAGAAAACACACACAGAAGAGAAUCCUCAUAGCUGUGAUCAAUGUGGGAAGAGAUACUCUGAUAAAAGAUCUCUGAUCAAACAUCAGAAAAUGCAUGGAGUUGUUUCAUUGAUAUCAAUGAAAUAAUGUCACAAUAUAGAAUUGUUUAACAUUGUAGAAGGAGUAUUUUAAUGUUGUCACAAUGUAGAACCCUAAAUGUCUGCCACCUAUUGUUGGAGGAAAAUAUAGUUGAAAUGACUAAUUAUGUAUACAUUCCAAUCAGGACUGACUAGUCCAAAUGCUAUGAUGUACUGUACACAUAUGAAUUUUCUCUCUUGCUCCCAUUCCGAAUUGUAUAUAAUAUAGUCAGUUUAGUAACAAUGAAGGUCUGUUCCUUUGUACAAAUGAAUGAACUAUCUCCAGAUGGCAGGGACGGACUAUCUCCAGACUGUCUAGAAUGCUGAUAUACAGUGACUGACCUUGGCUUUAGGAGAGGAGGGAAGGCUCGAGAACUAUAGGGCCUCUACCGGUGUCAUGAAGAGAUUUAGGAAACGCUGAUGUCAUUUUCAGUUUAUAACUUGUGGUAAAAUGUGUAUGUAACCAGUACUCUCUUGUAAUAAACGCUAUUACCUGACUUUUAA